CUGACUGCUCCUCCUCUGACUGGUUUCUGACUGGUAGGCUAUCUGACUGGUAUCUGACUGGGUAUUGGGACUCUGAAAGCAGGAGCUGAGGUGAGUACAGAUCCUGGGACUGAGAGAAGCUCAUAGAGACAGAAAGCAGCGAAUCAAAGGGAGAAGAGACUGAGGUGAAACAGUGCUGACUGUUUCUGCUCCUUUACUGACUGGUUUUCACUCAAACUUUUUUAGGACUAAAAGAAGGAGAGAAUUCAUCCUAACCUGCAAGACUCAAACAGCCAGUGCAGACUGCUCCUUUACUGACUAGUUUGUUACUGGUUUUUAACUGGUGGACUGGUUUCUGGGGUUAGUCUAGGUGCAGGACCAGACCAGAUUCUGUAGGACAGAAACAGAACAAAAAUUUGCAGGAUUUAAAGGGAAUCCAAGAGAGACUAGGACCCCUGACUGACUGGUUCCUGACUGGUUCCUGACUGGUUCCUGACUAGUUUGUGGACUGAUGGAGGAGCAGGCCCUGCCAGCCUCCUCCUGCUCUCUGGUCCUCCUGGAGGAGACCAAGAAGAACCCCCUCAUCCUGUCUAAUGGCGGCGGCGGUUACCCUCCCGCGGCCGCUAACGGCAACCUCCCACUGUCGACGGCAGUGGCGGGGUCCGGCAGUGGCGGCGUGGUCGGUGGUGCUUGUGCCGGCCCGGACAAGAAAGGAGUCGUGGUCUCGGGGGCGGGACCAGGGUACCAGGAGAGGGAGACAUGGACGCGGCAGAUGGACUUCAUCAUGUCCUGCGUCGGCUUCGCUGUGGGACUCGGCAACGUAUGGAGGUUCCCCUACCUGUGCUACAAAAAUGGAGGAGGCGUCUUCCUGAUCCCCUACCUGCUCAUCGUCUUCGUCGGAGGAAUCCCCAUCUUCUUCCUGGAGAUCGCUCUGGGACAGUUCAUGAAGGCCGGCAGCAUCAACGUCUGGAACAUCGCUCCGCUCUUUAAAGGUCUGGGUUAUGCCUCCAUGGUGAUCGUGUUUUUCUGUAACACCUACUACAUCAUGGUGUUGGCCUGGGGCUUCUACUACCUGAUCAAGUCCUUUACCUCCAACCUCCCCUGGUCCACCUGUGACAACCCAUGGAACACGCCCAGCUGCAUCGAGAUCUUCCAUCACCAGGACUGCAAGAACAGCAGCUUCGCCAACGUCACCGUCGCCGGCAACAUGACCUGCGCCGAGCUGGCGGACGCACGAUCACCCAUCAUCGAGUUCUGGGAGAACAAGGUGCUGAACAUCUCGUCUGGUCUGGAUGAACCUGGACACAUGAACUGGGAGCUCAUGCUCUGUCUGAUGGUGGUCUGGGUUCUGGUUUACUUCUGCGUCUGGAAGGGAGUCAAAUCCACCGGGAAGAUUGUGUACUUCACGGCGACGUUCCCCUACGUGGUCCUCAUCAUCCUGCUGGUCAGAGGAGUCACUCUUCCUGGAGCCUACGACGGCAUCAUGUACUAUAUCAAACCAGACUGGUCCAAACUGGGGGAGGCUCAGGUGUGGAUAGACGCCGGGACACAGAUCUUCUUCUCCUACGCCAUCGGGCUGGGGGCUCUGACCGCUCUGGGCAGCUACAACCGCUUCAACAACGACUGCUACAAAGAUGCCUUCGUCUUGGCUCUGAUCAACAGUGGAACCAGUUUCUUUGCUGGUUUCGUGGUGUUUUCUAUUCUGGGCUUCAUGGCUGCUGAACAGGGAGUCGACAUCUCACAGGUUGCUGAAUCAGGUCCAGGUCUGGCCUUCAUCGCGUAUCCGAAAGCGGUCAGUCUGAUGCCGGUGGCUCCGCUCUGGGCGGCGCUCUUCUUCUUCAUGCUGCUGUUGCUGGGACUGGACAGUCAGUUUGUUGGGGUGGAGGGUUUUGUUACUGGAAUUCUGGAUCUGUUUCCUGGAAAAUACUACCAUCGCUACAAAAGGGAGAUCGCUGUGGCAAUAUGCUGUUUACUAUGCUUCAUUAUCGACCUCUCCAUGGUGACGCAGGGAGGAAUGUAUGUCUUCCAGUUGUUUGACUACUAUUCGGCCAGUGGAAUGACUCUGUUGUGGCAAGCAUUCUGGGAAUGCAUAGUAGUUGCCUGGGUCUAUGGUGCUGACCGCUUCAUGGAUGAUGUAGCUCGUAUGAUUGGCUAUAGGCCUUUCCCCUGGAUGAAGUGGUGCUGGUCUUUUAUAACUCCAUGUGUCUGUAUGGGCAUCUUUAUGUUUCACCUGGUGAACUACAAGCCGCUGACCUACAACAAUGUGUAUGUGUACCCGUGGUGGGGCGAAGUUAUUGGUUGGUGUCUGGCAAUGUCCUCCAUGCUCUGCAUCCCUGUCAGUCUUCUCUACAAACUCUUCAGAGCCAAGGGAACCUUCAAAGAGCGCUGGGCCCACCUGACCAGUCCAGUGUGGGGGGCCCAUCACCUGGAGUACAUGGCCCCAGACAUCAAGUCCCUGACCUCGCUGUCCCCCGGCACAGAUGACAACAAGGUCAUCAUCUUUGAGAGCGUCAUGUAGGCUGUAAGCUCCAUCUCCAUCCAUCCCACCUACGACAAGAUCGCUGACACCUCGCUACCAUGACCUCCACCUUCAGAUUUACCUCCCCCGGUACUAGGCCCCAGAAUAGACUCUUGAAAGGAUCAAUCAUUGCGUCUCCUUUGGAGGAACUGAUUGAUGAUUGGUUGGUUUCUUCAGCUCCUCCAGAUAUCACCAGGCACACCAAAGCUGCAGGGUUUCUUCAUACCUGUAAAGGAAUAAAGGAAUAAGGGAAGCAGCUCCUCCAGGAGGUUUUUAUCAUUACACCAACAACAAAAUGUGUCAUUAAAACCAGCAGAUCCCUCUGAUUGAUGAUGAAGGGCUCUGAUUCCUCUGGUUCUCAAUAAAGAAAAUAUCUUUGACAACAUGUCAAACCCUGGAGGGGCUGAAGAAGAACACUGGUAAGAUUUUCUUACUGUUGGAAUCUCACUGUGUUCAAAAAGCUGCUGAACGUCUCCCGUCAAGUCAGAGGUUGUUGGGCUUCCUCCAUCUUAGAUUAAAGGUAUCAGUGCAAUCUUGUCUUGGGGUGGGCGGGCUGGAUCACACACAAACCUGACAGACAGCCAUUACACACACACACGCACGCACACACACACAAACACACAAACACACCGCCUGUCAAUAUUUCAUCACACUGACAAUAUAAAACAUCAACACUGGGACUGGUGUGUGCACCUUUUUUCAUUCAGCUGCAGUUUUGCAAAAUUAGAGUCUAAAGUUGUUGGUGAAAUUUUGGAGACUUUAAAUCACUGUGUGUGUGUGUGUGUGUAAUGGCCGUUCAUUAAGACAGAAUUCUAGACAGACAGACUGACUGACCCCCAGAAAUUACCAAGAGGUCAUUUGCUUCGUAACAGGAAUUAAAAAUGACAGACUGGUCUGAUCUUCAGUCUUGUGGUCAAAUGAAAGGGGUAGGAAAAGAUGGGUUCAGUUCCUCUAAUCAGUACCUUAAUAGCAAAUUUUCUGGAUUUCAGUUUUUCCCCUGAAAACUGUGAAAUACACUUUGAGAGAUCUCUGCUACUUUAAUGUGGCAUUUUAUUAGAGAAUUGGCAACAGGACUGAAGUGUUAAAAACACAAAACAAUUCCUGUUUCGGGGCAACCAGCGGUCCAUGAACGCACUAUGCUGCCAGGAAGCCGAACUGAGCUCAGUGAGCCCUGAAGGCAUCAUCAGACUGUCCUGCUUCUGAACGAGCCUUUGUGAGCACUUUAUGUGACACUCUGAUUGUUGAAGCUUGUUAUUGAUCUAGAUCCUAAACCCUAAUCAGGACUGAAGUCUCUGUCAGACUGAAAUGCUUUGGUCUUCAGCGCAGCUCGUUUCUAUCUGGUUCUCAAGAUAAAUACUGUGAAUCACCAGCUCCUACUACUGAUCCCAGAACAGUCCUGACUCCUGGGCAGCAUGUGGUCCCGGACCGCUGACCUCCGAUCUGUUUUCCACAGUCACACGGAGGUUUGAUUCACUCAGACAACAAUAGAUCUGAUGUUAGGAGGAAGGUUCCAGUGAGAAUUCAGCCAGUCCAACUUCCUGAAGCUUUCAACCACAAUUCUUGGACUUUCUCACCCCUCAAGUUUGCCAGUUUGUGGUUUCCUCUGAAUGCAAACAAACAGAAGCAAAACAAUCUCAACUCAAGAGCCAGAGCUUCAAAUGAACUGGCAACUAUUUUGAUAAUUGAAUAAUUGGUUAUGAGUUAUUUAUCGAAUAAAAAGGCCAAACAUUAUGUAGUUUCAACUUCUUAUAAUUUACAUAGAAGUGGUGGUUGGUUGAUCGAUUCAGUCACUUUCCAUCGCUAUAUUCAGGCCGAGGUUGCAGCUACAUCGCAUAGUUUCCCUCAGCUGAUGGAUCACCUUAGUUAUCAGGCUCAGGAAGAGAACCUGACACAUUCCAGUCAUCCCACUGAAAAACCACAGUCUCACCCAGUAAAUCCAAUCUGAUCUAACACUUCAAAAUAAAAUUGAAACAACCAAUCAGAUUAAAAAAAAACAACAAAAAAAAACAUCAAAUAAAAAUCUGUUAAACUGUUGAGCAGAGUCUGAAAUCUCACUGGAUCUGACCUUUAACCCCUUCAUGUUCUGGAUUUGACCUCCUCAUGAGGAGGUUCAGGCUUGUGUGAGAAUCAGGUCAGAGGUCGGGCUUCGUUCUGCGUCCCCCGGGUUGACUGAAGUGCCAAACGGAACGAUACUCACCCUGCAGGGCUGAUCCCAGACCAGGGCUCAAGGCUGCCAAUAUCAACCCAUUCGCUCCUCUCUGCCUCGUCUUGUCAAUCUCAUUAACGCUGUGCUCCUCCCACCAGACACCACGCUCUCCUCAGGAACAGCUGAUACUUUCAGUUUUAUUAUAGUAACCGAUUUCCUUCUUAAUGAAACCAGUUACUUGCUUUAACUGAAUAACUGGCCCUGAAACCAAGACCUACAAGUAGAUUUGGUCCGCUUAGUCAUGACAAAGUAAAGCAAAAAUAACAUGUCCUUGAUUCAGUUUGAUACAUGUACGAUGAUGCUGACAGAUAAUUCAUGCCAGCUGUAAAAAUUAAACUUUUCUGUCCAAGGAAAUCCAGUCCAGACAUCAUUACCAAACUUAGCCCCUUUAGCUCCACUGAGGAGAUACAUAAAAGGGUUCACUC